ACGGCGUCGUUUAACCAUCUCUGAACUUGAGUAAACUCUCAAAACUGGCCACUUAAAAAUGUUUUUCGUUUUUCAAAAUCCAUAUCAGUACUUUUUCCGGUCAAAAUUGGUCCGUCAGUCGGGUCAGUUCAUGUUUGUGUUGUUCAGUCGGGUCCGAUAGUGAUUUGCAAAACCACUUGCAGUUUAGAAAGAGCUCCGAUCGAUCUCACUCAACAGUUAGGUCAAUAGCCGCUUUUGCAAAUCGCCUAAACCAAGCCAAAAAAGCCCCCAAAACUCGACAAGGCCAUGGUAGUUGCUAGUUCCAAUCCCCACAACAAGGAGAUGCAAAUCCGUAGAAGAAUAAGCAACAUAUUCAAUAAAAGAGAAGAGGAUUUUCCAUCACUGAGAGAAUACAAUGAUUACUUGGAAGAAGUGGAAGACAUGAUUUUUAAAUUGAUUGAAGGAAUAGAUGUUCAAGCUAUUGAGGAGAAAAUUACCAAUUAUCAGCAAGAAAAUGCUGAGCAGAUUAUGAUCAAUCAAGCUCGUAAGGCUGAAGAUUUAGCUGCUGCAAUGGCAGCAAGCAAGGGGAUCCCAGUACAGGCCGAUACUGAUGGGGCCCUAAGCCAGAACUCACAAGCAGGGUUUGUAGCUGGUACCCAAGGUCAAUAUGCACCGACAGUUGCUGGAGGACAGCCACGACCAACAGGCAUGGCACCACAACCGGUACCACUUGCUGGUGGGCUGGACAUGCAUGGCUAUGCUCUUGAUGAUGAGGAAAUGAUGAGGCUCCGGGCAGAAAGAGGUGGAAGAGCAGGAGGGUGGAGUAUUGAGUUGAGCAAGAAGAGGGCACUGGAAGAAGCCUUUGCAAGCAUAUGGAUUUGAUAUUCCUGAUGGAGUGCCACAGUUUGGCAAAUGUAGCUUGGUUUUGUGCUGAAUAUAAUACUGCAGCAGCUACUAUGGAUGGGGAUUGCAAAAGAAUUUUUUCUCUAGUUGUUAAGGGUGAAGUAACCCCAUUAAUGGUACAAGAGCAAAACUCAAUUCAAUUUGAAAAAAUUGAAAAAAAUUCGAAUUUUGUAUUAAUCAAAUUGAGUUAUUCAAAUUAUUUGAGUAAAUUCGAAUAAGUAAUUGGAGUUUUGAGUUCGAA